UGGCAGCAAUAUGGCGCGCACAUCCAGACUCUCUUCUCACACAGCCGCCCAAUCUGCUAUCCCCAUUCAGGACAGCUGGCCAAUCACAGAGCUCGCAUCGGGCUGACAACUAUUCAACAUGGAGACAACAGUUGAAAAGCUAGAAGCGAUGUUCCUGAAGUCAGAGGCAGACCUGGAAUACAUUGAGAAGCGGCUGAAGCUGGACUUCAUCACCAACACUGCUGAGAAUGGAUGUCUGACUGAGGACAACCCAGUGGUGAUGCUGGAGAAACUGAGAGCCAUCAAGGCCAAACACACAGUGUUGUGCUCUCAGGUGAGGGAGAUUGCAACUGCACAGAAGGAGUCCAUAGAUUCCAUCAGAAACAGCCUAAGCAGUGUCAUGGAGCUGAUCCAACACUUCCAACAGACUGCUGAUGUGGAGGUUCAGCCACUGACAGAGCCAGUGCAAGAGUCUGCAGAAUUUCUGGAUACAGCAAAUUUUAUCAGUGCCACAACAGAGGUGCCUCCUGCUGUAGCAGCUUCUGACCAACAGCAGCCAUUGAUGGCCCCCUCAGUGUGCAGAAGAUGAAACAGUUGAAGAUGAAGACCCACCUACAUCACUGUCAGAGAGUGUGGAAAGAUGCCAAACCCCAUCUCGUCCACUCUGUGAAAGCUAACUACUGAGUCCCAUCACCGAACCCAGGCACCUGUCUACACACCAGUUCCAGAAGUGUGGUUAUCUACUUGUAGUAUUCCCGUCAGAAAUUAAUCCAAGAAACUUUCUUCUCACUUUAUUGGUCUUUCCCCAAUUGAACACAUCACUACUUUGUCAGCAGUAAGAUUAACACUCAUCAAGUCCAUGAGGUUUCAUCCUACUUUCCAGGUCUCUUAAGUUAAACCAGUCUCUUCCAGCCACAGAAUAAAAAAAACUGCCAGCUCCAGUCCACCACCGGAAAACCUACUGAUUCACCUCACCUAUCUGCCCUCUCCUCCCUGGAUCUACACAGAAAACCCAUUGUGGAUAAGUUCUUUGGCAAGUGGCACAUGUGCCUUGUCCCAUAAGCUUUAGAUACAGGACAGAAUGUCUAUUGCAGUCUUUAACAGUUUUCCUUUGCAAAAAAAAAAAAAAAAAAAAAUUAUUAGUUUCAGUUGAACUAAUAAUUGAUUUGAUGAUGGAAGAGCAGCUGUGAAUGUUUCUGUUUCAUGUAGGUUCUCCUGGUCAACCACUCCUGUAGAGUGCUGCUGCUGAAGACUUGUGUAUUCACUUAAUGCAGAAGUUAAUUAGUGUCCCAAUGCAAAGGCAUUUAGCAAUAAAACAUACCUUAAUUGCUUUAAUAAUUUAUUGCAGUGUACAUAGCAAGUUGAAUAAUAUAGGAGGGGAAAUGAAUUAAAAUAAAAUAAAAUUCUGGUGGUACCUGCACUUCAAUAUAGAAAAGGUAAUGUAGGUUUUGGAAGAGACGGGCAGCUAACAUCUGGAUAGUGUCCAUUCAUCAUAAAGAGACAUUAUGAAAUUUUCACAGGCUAAUUAUUAAGAUAAUUGUGAGUUAAUCGACGUUGGCAGUCCUGCUGUAAUCUAAAGUUGUCAUAUUUUAACUAUUCAUGACUGCAAUCAUUUUCAGGACUACUGGAGAAAACCAUGAAUUUGGAUAGUUCACCAUUUCUUAAACAGAGCAAGAAAUGAAAGUGUAUCAUACUAUUUCAAUUGAUCAUUAUCACUGUUUAUGGCCGACCCUAGGGAGUUGGCUAAUUUCAGACAUUUUAGAGUCAAAAGUGAAACCUAAACCUUAAUUUAAUUGAAAGAGCACAAGAUAGCUAGUCCACAGAAACUGGCUUCUUCGUUUUUGUUUUUGCAUGCACAGAGUUCCCUGUUGAGUGUCUUUUGUUCCUGUUGUGUUGUUUGUGAGUUCUUGUUGAAGUAUAAAAACAAAUUAACUCACAUUAGUCUGUAUAAGAAGUUGUGUAGAAUUUGAACAGCAUGUGCAUCAAUUCAAUUCAAUUUUUUUUACAGACCAAACUCUUUAUCUACAGAGACCCAAAAAUUCCAGCUCUAAUAGUAGACUUUUAACUACAGUAUAUGUAGUAUAUAUAGUGUGAUGCCCACCAAUGUGUGGUCACGUUUGUGUUAAUGUAUUGUAUUUUCAUGUAUAAUACAAGUUUUCACAAUAUGUACAUUAAGUGCAUUUCAACCCUUAUUUCAUGAUAAUUUCCAAUCUGUUUUGCACCAUGUACAUUAAUAUCUAUAGCCAGCAGGGGGCAGUGUGAUGCUUUACUUUACUCAUGACGUCUUUACGGCAGGAGGGUCACUUUACUGUGACUGAUUUCCUUAAUCUGCUGAGCGAGGCUAAAUGAACAGAAUUAAUGUUUCCCUGUGUCAUUUAUUUCUCCUGUUUGCAUAACAUAUUAUUUGUUUGCUUGGUGCCAGCUGGUACCUAUGACAAUAGCAAAGUAUCUACAUAUAUAAUACAUUUAUGUAUGUGAUAUAUGUACAUAUUAGUAACAGAUAGUAUAUGUUGCUACAUAAUACAACACUAUGGAUCUAACAAUAAUGGAGUUACCAAUGGUAAUAGCAGUUGCAGUGGAUCAGGGGCCAUGGCAGGAAAUGUAGCUAUAGUCCACAUUCCAAAGCACAGAGACUCCAUGGAAGAAGCUCAGUUAUUAGCAAGCCUUGGUAGGACAUGAGUAUAUACAGAUGGAGAGGGAGAGAAGAGGAGCUUGAUGUGUCAUUGGAAGCCCCCAGCAGCCUAAUUGUAGCAUAACUGGCAAGUUGCCGGGUCAACUACUCAUAAUACGGCUGUAUGAGUGAUAAAAGAGAACAGACCUCUUUUUUCCUCUCUACCAACAUGCACAAUGUCUGUUGACACAUUACAAUUAAUGUCAAUAAACAAUGAAUUUUGGAAAGUACGUCCGGUGUUUCUUAAAUCACUUUUUCAGUGUAAUGACAUGUGGAUUGGUAAAGCAAUGUUAGUGUUUGUUAAUAGACUGAAACCCUGAUCAAGACAAAUAGGGUUUUGAUGUUGAGCAACCUUCAAACCUUUAAUAAUAUUCAGUACAAUUGAAUUUACAAAAUCUAACCCUUGCAGGUUAAGUUAAAAUGGCUGUAUUUUACUUUGUCAAAACAAGUGAGUAAUUCAUAACAAACUGGCCAAUAUUUAACACAAAAACAUUAACAGCUUGUGGUAAAUACUGCUGUGAAGCAGUACACUUUGCCUGGAGGAUUUAGCAGGAGCACUCAUGGCAAACAGUUACACACAUACAGGUAAAUUGAUG